UUCUUACCACAGACUUCUAUAAUACACUAGACCGCUAGCUUGCGUGAUCUUAACAGAGAUAAUGGCCAAGAAAUCCAUGUACAAGUGGAGGUACUGUGGAAUGCGGAUUCCAUUGGUUGACUUUGACGAUAGUGGGGGUUCGUCCAAUCAUUGCUUAUAUACUUGCGCGACGAUGCAUGCGUAAAGACAGCACUUGAUCGAGAACGGCGAAGUAUGUUGUUAAGGUUAAGAAAGUGAAUAUAAAAAUAAAUAAUGCCAAUGUGUUGUUGUGUUCUUGGCUGCCAAAAUAAGGCGGACAGGCAAAAAAAUAUCAGUCUUUUUAGAUUUCCACGGAAUAAAGACAUUUUAGACUCAUGGAUAUCAUUUGUGGGCAGAACAAAUUGGCAACCGACUAAUACCUCUCGAAUAUGCAGUUUACAUUUUAAUAAUGAUGACUAUUAUCGUUGGAACGACAGGUUAUUUCUAAAACCUGGAGUUCUUCCAAGAAAAUGUAUUGUGCGGAUGAGUGACAACAAAGAGAAUUUUGAUCCCUUCAAAGUAUUAAAUGAUAAAUUAACUGUGAAUAGCAGCAAACGUGCGUUCGAGGAAACAUUAGAAAACGCAGAGAAUUUUAAACUUCAAGCAAUUUCGACAGAAUCUUUUAAUGAAAUUGAAAUAUUAAAGGAACGAUUGCAACAUGAUCGUGAAUUACAUCAGCAAGAACUAAAGAAACAAGCAGAAAUGUUCUCUGUGAUUUUGGAAAAUGAAAAGUCAAAACUGAAGUCCGAGAUAAAAUCUGGUCUUGAAUUGCAUCAGCAAGAACUAAAGAGACAAGCAGAAAUCUUCUCUACAAUUCUGGAAAAUGAAAAGUCAAAAUUUAGGUCUAAGAUUGAAUCUGGACAACAAAAAUUGCAUACUCUACAACGUAGUGUAAAACGAAAAGAGGAACAAAUAAAGUCUAUGAAACAUUUAUUCGAUGAAUUAAAAAAGAAAUAUGUAAGUGAUACCGAUGCACUUAAUAUGUUAAGUCGCGAGUUUGAAGGCAUGUCACUCAAUCUUUUUCAAAACGAAGUAAAAAAUAAUUCGCGAUCUGCAAGUGGUAGAAGGUAUUCGGAGCAAGUAAAGAAGUUUGCUGUAACCUUAUUCUAUAAUUCUACUAAAGCUUAUGACUAUUGCCGGUUGGUUUUCUUUUUUUCUUUUCAUUUAUUUACAUGAUUUGUUGUUUUGCAUGAUUUGCUGUUUUGCACUUAUGUUUUAUAUUUUUCUAUUAUAAAAUACAACAAAAUAAAAU